GCCCAAGCGGCAAAAGAGCUGCCCAAAAGCCGCAACCAUGGCCACGGAGUACCUGCGCGUGCUGGUCAACACCGUAGCCAUCCGCGACGAGCCGGGCAGCACGGACCGCCUCGGCGACUUUACCAAAAAUGACGCGGUGAAGCUCAUAAAACCAUGUACGAGCGACGGCGUGCCGGAGUGGGUCGAGGUCGACAUGGUCGGGGCCAUCCGCGAGCCCGCGGAGGAGGGCCGCGAGAGACCAUCGAAAGGCUUCGUGCGGACGCGGAACCGCGUCGCCACGCUCCUCGAGCCGUGGACCGAUUCUACAGAAGCGUCAAAAGCUCGGGACGACCAGGCGGCGAAGCGCAACGACGGCACGUCGUGGUUCAAGUCGGCGACGCGGACGGCCGCCUCGGCGGCCUCGCACGCGAAGCCUUUGUUAGCUGGUGGCCGCGAGGAGUACGAGCGGCGCCAGCGCCUGCACGCGGCCGCCUCGGACUUAAUAAGGGAGUGUCGCAUGGGGCCCGUCGCCCUGCGCCAGAAGCUCCUCGAUACGUUUGAUGAAAAGGACUGGGCCGCCGCGCAUUUAGCUGAUGACAAGGUCCUGCGCGCUUUGCACUUCGUGGCCGAACGAGACGCGCGGGCGCCCGCCGUCGAGUCGCACGGGAGUGUACCAACGCCGCCGUCACCCGAGCAGAAGGUGCCCGUGCGCCCGCCGCCGUCGCCCGCGCGCGGGCUCGUGACCAUUCGCGAAGAGCGCAAGAUAUACACAGGGCCCGGCUCGAGCACUUGCGAGCUGGGGCCCGCGACGGAAGUGAAGGGCGCGCUCGGCGCCCUCGUCGCCGAUUCCGACGUCUUCGGCGAGCUCUGGGUGCGGCUGCCCUUCGCGAGCCGCGCGGCGCUCGCCCAGGCGGCGCGCGGCGUCUGCAAGGCCGCGCGCGGUGUGCCGUGGCGGCGCCAGUGCGUGGCUUUGGCUGAUGCGUGCGGUGUAUUAGAUGCGGCGUUCGGCGACGGCGCCACGGAUGCCGUGGACGACGCCGCCUGGCGCGCGCGCUUCGUCGACGUCUGGACGCGGCGGCGCCACAAGUGGCGCGGCGGCGCGGACCCGGGCGGCUCGUUCUCCAUACGGGCCGUCGUGCGCUUCCGGCCGCGCCUCGUGGCGGCUUCGGAGACGGACCACGGUGGCGUCUUCCUGCCGUUGCACCAGCGGCUCCAGCUCCGCAAACUCGGCCACAACACGCCGUGCCUCGAGGCAGAAGUGUCUGAACGCAUCGGUCUUGUGAAUGAGUCGGUGGAGACCUACGCGGACCGCCAGAAGAGGCGCCGCUCGGAAGCGCGGCGCAACACGGAGGCGCUCCGCCGAGCCAAGAAAGAAGGCAAGCGCCUGAACAGCGAGAACGUCCACCCGAACUGCGAGCCCGCGCCGGCCGCCGCCGAGGCGCCGGCGCCGGCGCCCGUGCCCGAGGCGCCCGCGCCGAUCACCGCCGAGGCGCCCGCGCCCGCUGUGGAGGCCCCCGCGCCGGCGCCCGCGGAAGAAGAGGCCCCGCGAGGCGCCUUCGCGGCCGCGGCCGCCGUCUCCGCCAAGGUCGUCGGCGUCGAAAGCCAGAGGGUGCUGGUCGGCGUCCCGGGCACGGGUCUGUCCUACUUCAACUUCGAGCGGGUAUUAGACGGCGACGCCAAUCAAGAAAGCUCCUACGAAACAUCCUGCGCCCCGCUCGUCAAGAGCUUUUGUGAUGGGACGAACGGGUGCCUGCUAGCCUACGGCCAGACCGGCUCAGGUAAAACACAUACGAUGUUCGGGCCCCCGGACACUUUAAGUGACGCGUGCCACGCGCCGGGCUCGGAGCUCUCUCGAAAUGCGGGUGUGGUGCCCCGGGCGCUCGCGGACUGUUUGAAGGCCGUGGAAGGGGCGAAGGAAAGAGGGGCUUGUGUCAAUGCCACUCUAUCGUUCACCUACCUCGAGCUGUACCGGGAGCAGCUCACGGAUCUGAUGACGGGCGAGAAGGUCUCUCUUUAUAGAGUCGGCAAGGGCGCGGCGGCGGACGAGUAUAGGGAGCAGGCCGGGUGCGACGACGACGUGCUGCUGGGCAACGCGACGCACUUCGACGUCACGGCACACGGCGCUAAGAAGGCGUGGGCGGCCUUAGCCGAGGCGGAAGGUCGCAAGAGGCGGGCCGCGACGGCCAUGAACGCUCGUUCUUCGCGCGCGCACACCGUCUUCGCCCUCAGCCUGACGCAGCGCCGCUCGAUCAAUGAAGCGGUCUUAUCGUCGAAGCUCUACCUCUGCGACCUCGGCGGGAGCGAGCAGGUCAAGAAGUCCAAGGCGACCGGGCAACGCUUCCAGGAGGCCGUCGAGAUCAAUCGCUCGCUGACGGUGCUCGGCCGCGUCGUCGACGCCUUAGUAAGAAAGAACAAGUACCACGUGCCCUACUACGAGAGUCGCCUGACCACCUUGCUGCAGCCGGCCUUCGGCGGCAACGCGCGGACCACGAUUUUGAUCGCGGCGUCGCCGGACGACAAGGACGGCGACGAGGCGCUCGCGGCGCUGCGCUUCGGGCGGCGGUGCGCUCGCAUCGAGAACUCGACGAAAUGUUCGACGGCGAACAUGAAGGAAGUCCUCGAGCACCUCGAGGGGCAGAUUGGUGACGCGAAGAAAGAGUUGGCAACCUUGGAGGCGCGCGGCGCGAAACAGCGAGCGGAAGCGGAGGCGUCGGAUGCGACGCUGCGAGGCAUGGGCGCCGGCCACAACGCGGCGUCGCGAUUGCAAGCCGUUUCGCACCAAGACGACACGGGCGGCGACGUCACCAAGGAGUCGCGCCUCGCGGGUGCCAAGGGGUAUACGCACGUCGACGACGACGCGGGCCAGUACGUCAUCCUGACGCAGAAGCUCGCGGCGCUCGAGGCGCGACGACGGCUCGUCGUCGGUUGA